GCGCAAUCUUUCCCGCGCAAGUUGUACAGCGACUUUCCCAUUUGCUUUGAAAUCGAGACAACCUGAUCGAGAUGUCACAAGAUACUUUACACACGCACGUCAGUACAGCAUCUGAAGACAAAGAAAACAAAAUGGCGUCUGCCAUCGAAAUGCUGGAGCCACCGAAGAAGAUUUUAAAGCCAGAUGCGAUUGAUGUAGAUGUCGCGCCUAAUUCGAGUGUGACUGUUGUCAGUGAGUCGAGGAUGGAGGUGGAAGGGAGAGCAGUGAUUGUGGUUAAGAAACCGCGUGUAAAGCUAAGUCCGGAAGAAAGGGCUGCCAAAGAGAAAGAGAAGCAGCAGAGAUUGGAAGCUCGAGCAGCCCGGGAAAAAGAAAAGGAAGAAAUCAAGAGAAAAAAGGAAGAUAAGGCAAAGAAACAGCAGAAAACUACAGCAAAUUUUCUAAAGUUUUUCACAAAGAAACAAACACCAGAGAAGUCGUCGAAACAAUUGAGUAACACAUCAGAACGACUGUGGUUUAAACCGUUCUUCGUUCAACCGUUUGUGACUCUCGCAAAGCGACCGCGUGAACGUCUAUCAUCAGAAGACACGGCAGCUUUGGAGGAAUCUCUAGUACAACAAGCUGCAGACAAGCUAUAUCUGGAUAUGCUAAAACACAGAAACGUCAAGUUCAAGUGCCGUCAACUGAGAGGACAGAGAGUGAUCAACGAGAGAGGAGACGUAGUGAAACAGAGUGAACAACGGACGUCGUCUAGUGCGACGUCGAUGGACGUUGAUGUGAUCAUAACGAGUGACAUUAAUUCUAUUAAUAUUAAUAUGGGAACGAUGGAUGGAACGAGACCAAAAUUACUUCAGUUUGUUGAUAACCAUCGUCCUUCGUAUUUUGGGACGUUUCGGAAGAGAAGCAAAGUCGUGAGACCGAGACGACCGCUUGCUAAAGACAAGGAACUUGUAAAUUAUGAUGUCGACAGUGAUGAAGAAUGGGAAGAGGAGGAACAAGGUGAAAGCAUUUCCAACAGCGAGGAGGAAGACAACAAUGGUGGGCAAGAUGAGAAUGACGAAGAAGACGACGGGUUUUUUGUUCCUCAUGGAUAUCUGUCGGAAGACGAAGGUGGUAAGGAGGAUUUUCAACGCAUGGACGUGUCUGGAGAUGCCGAACAGAAACGUGAGUUGGCUUGUGACAAAGCAAUAGAGACCGACCUGGCUCGCAAGUGCCAGCGUCUCAAACCCUUCGUCAUUGGCUGUGUGUGGACGACUCUGGACGGCAUGUUGGAUAUAACAAGAGCGACUGUGACCGGACACAGUCACGACGUUCUUGUUCAAAAACUGAAACAAUGUGAAGCCGUUCCGGUGAUUUCUUCUUCCGUUCAGUUGAUGAAAUCGGUUGGUAAUGGAGCGGGGGUUGAGAGGGUGUUGCCUGUGGCGAGUAGUCCAGGAGUGGUGCAAUAUUCUUGUCAGCAGGGAUCAGUAGCUAAGACGUCGUUUCCUGAUGAAGCACUACCUGACUUAGUUCGUUUCGUCCACGGCAACAAGUUUGGGAUGAAGAAGCUUGCCGACUUGUUCCAGCACUACUGGGCCGCAAAGUCCUCCACAAAAACCAACCAGAGUGUACAGAACGCAUCGUCGUUUUAUCAAAAUUCGAGGAUUUCUAGACGUCAGUUGGAAUCAACCAUAAAUGUCAUUGCUGUGAAGGAGCUUCGAACCGGGUAUCCUUCACCAUGUUGGUACGUGAUGCGGGAAGUUAUUGAAAAGAUGGGAUUAUUGGAGGACGAGCUGCAGGUACCGAAUCAUUCGUUUGUUGCAAAAAUUCAAUUGCUGGCCAGCUCGUUUGGUCUCCCUAUGAAGCCAUCACCAGUGAAUGGAUUAGCUACAACGAAUGUUGGUCAACCAGUGAAUGUAAAUGCGUCUGUCCCUGUUAUUGAUUUGACUAAAGUAUGAAUGGAGAUGGUAGUGUACUAUCAAAUGUUCAUAGUGAGAGGCGGUCGACUCGGUUGUUGUUAGUAUAGAGUGACAGUAUGGGUAGUUUUUAUUUGGAAUUUGUUCUUUCUUAGAGAGUAAAUGCCUCUUCUCAC